AUGGCCAUUUUCGGUGAGUUGCUGGCAACUCUGAAAGAUCAUCAUGGCCCCAACACCCAGUUCCAGGUUAUUCAUGAAGACUUGGAAAUGAAUGAUUUCAAUUCCCUCUUUAAACGUAUGUCGGGAAUCAUCCCUGAUCCACCGUCCUACCUCCUGAAAAUGGACAAUGUCUAUGUUCUUGCUUCAGGGACAAACUUCUACAAGCAGUGUAUACCUUCAAACUCAAUGCAUUUCAUGAUGUCAAUGACGUCUGUCCAUUGGUUGUCAAGGACCUCAACCACCUUCAAGAACGCGAUUUACAAAGAUGCCAAGAGUAGUACUGAGGAGACGGUUGCACUACACAAGCAAGCCGAGUUGGACUGGGAGACCUUUUUACUGAGAAGAAGUAGAGAACUGAAACGGGGAGGCUUACUUGUCGUAGGUAUCUGCGCUGUGUUUGAGGACAGAAACACUGGAGAAAAUAAAUACACUAUGUAUUCCCUUGUGGGACUACUGAAUGAGGUAUGGAAGGAAUACAGUGAAUCUGGUAAAAUCUCCAAAGAAGAGUUCGUCAAUACAAACAUAUCCGCUUGUUACCGCACCAUGAAGGAGAUGAGAAAACCAUUCGAUAACAAAACGUCACCAGUUUCAAGGUCAGGAUUAACCCUCUUGUCAGCUGAAGCUGUAGUGAACCCUGAUGUAUUUUACAACGACUGGAGAGAGAAGAAGGACAAAGAAGGAAUUGAUGAUAGGGAGGAGUUUGCCAGGAUGUACGUUUCCGCUCACAGGAACUGGAGCAACAGCACCUUCAUGAAUGGUCUCUCAGACUCCCGAUCACUGGAGGAGAAGGAGCAGAUAGUUGAUGGGCUGUACGACGACGUGAAGAAACGUAUUUCAAGGAUGAACCCCGAAAUAUUCAAGGACGAUGUGAAGUUUAUAUAUCUCGUGAUCAGAAAGGAAUAG